CCACGCUGGGAAAUGUAGAGCACGUGCGUGCAUCACGUGACACGGAGCGAUCUUUUCUCGCGGGUCGUUCUCGCUGCGCCGCGGUUCGCUUCUCCGUCGUCUCGCCAGCAUGGGGUACCACGGCCUCACCAUCCCCAUCAUCGUUAUGACGGUCUUCUGGGGCAUCAUCGGCUUCGUCGUGCCCUGGUUCAUCCCCAAGGGGCCCAACAGAGGAGUUAUCAACACCAUGCUGGUGACAUGUGCCGUUUGCUGCUACCUCUUCUGGCUCAUCGCUAUCCUGGCUCAGUUGAACCCGCUGUUUGGGCCGCAGCUCUCCAAUGAAACCAUCUGGUACCUCAAGUACCAGUGGCCGUGAGGAGCGAUAGCACCGGAAUCCAGUGACACCGCCUACUGAAGACGGGGUUCCACCAACGCCCUGGUUUCCCGGAUCCGGUGAAAAAUGUGAAUUGAAUCUUUGGUGUAAUUUGAGAUUUCGUCCUCCCAUGCUCUCCUGCUGUCCAACCCCCACCCCCACGUGUGACUGGUGUACAUUUUAAUGCUGCCCCGCCCCCCCCCCCCCCCUACUGUGCACCCAUAAUUGUGUGGACACGCAUGUGGGCGCCCUCGCUCACUUCCGAUCACCGUUGCGCAGAGUAACGAAGCAGACGCCGCCACCUCGCGUCCGUCCGUCUGCGUAAAUGAUGCGUUCUUUACGCGUCUCAUCGACCACCACAUGGCCUCGUGGGCAUGCAGCCUUCUUAAAAUAGCCGUGCAUCGAACGAGCACCUCUAAUUGAGAGGGCCCUUGCCUGUAAACAUCAAGCAGUUCACUAGCAUUGGUUUCAAGCAAGCCAGACUCCCUUGCUGCUGAUGAGACACUGAAUAUCAAAACCCCUCUAGCUUUGCUCGUAUGGAACCAAUGCUAUCACAAUACGCACUCUCAGCAGGCUAUUUGGCUGAUGGGAUGCGUAAAUUUUGACAGUGUUUAUGCGGAGAGACGAGGUGUAUAAGCAGUCUGCCCAAUUGUGUUCUACAUGAUGCUACUGGUGGGUCUGGUAUGGGGUGGCCUGCGUCCAUUCUGUCUCACCGCGUUGCAUUUCUGCACCAUUCCCAAUGACGGUUCGAUUUUUUUUAAAUAAUUUUUUCUGUGGAAAUGCUUUUCUCAUCUCGUUUGUCUCAUCCCGUGCGGUCUGAUUCAAACCAUUGGCUGCAGAGCAACAUUACCAUAAACCUUAAAACACUC